GGACAUUCCCUCCUUCCUUCUCUUCAAUUCCCUCAAUCCAAACGAGGCACAAGGGAAAGAGUGCCUGAGACGGUUGAGACUUAUAAGACCGGACUGGUCACGGCUCACCACAUGAGAGCAAUUUCAAAAUUCCUGGGCACAGAAAAGAGGCAAGUGAGAGAUUGUUAUGGAUCGCAAAGAUAAUCAAUCUCCACAAGGUGAGACGGCUCGGAUUCUGGUGGAAUUCCUGGAAGUGGCCAUCACUUGUAUUGUUUUUCUCAAAGGAGUAUAUCCACCUGGUGCAUUUGAAAGGCGGCGAUAUAUGAAUGUUGUGGUUCAGAAAGCUCGACACCCUCAGCUUCAAGAAUACGUCAAUUCUGCUGUCACUGGACUCCUUCCUUUUAUUCAGAAGGGACUGGUGGAGAGAGUUGCGGUUAUUUUCUUCAACAUUAAAAAUAUCCCAGUGGAGAGAUUUAUUUUCAAGCUGAAUGUCAACCAGUCUUAUGGUUCAAAGGUGGAAGAAGCUGACCUGGAGUUCUCUCUUCGAUCGUUCUUGGUCAAGCUUACAGUAUCAGAACCUCUCACAAAUACUCUACCUCAGGAUUGCAGGUGGGAGAUAACAGCUUACUUUCGCUCUCUCCCUCAAGCUAAUACAAGCAAGGAUGCAGACUUAUGGAUCCCAACAGACACAAAGCAGUGGCAACAACCUCCUUUAAUAACACCUAUUAAAUCAAUGAGUAGUGAACCCCUUUGUGUGCAGCUAUAUUUGGAACAUCCAAGUUUCUCUGAACCAAAGCCUUAAGGAGAGUACAAGACAGCCACUGCAAUCACUAUAAAGCAGGGCAGUUGGAAGAUUCACUGCUGCUCAAGAUGUGUUGGCACAAGAAUUUGAUCUCUGAAUUCUGACAUUUUGCACAAGGAUCCUCUUUGGCUAAAGCAAGGGUGGAUUUAAGAAGACCUGAAGUAGAGGUACAGAUGAUUUGAAGUGUACUUAAACACGGGGAUUAGUUUAGUGUUGUGCCACUGCUAAAGAAGAGUAACAAGUCAUAAUUACUGCUAGUGUAGUGAUGAUCCGAAAACAAUUUGCAAUGAAGGUAGAUAGAAGUUGUUUGAGAGCUUGAAUGAAGCUUUAUUUCUUUAGUUGGUUAUUGUACUCUUCACAUACUAGUUCCACAUGUUAUCUUGCAUCUUUUAUGUGUGAGUUUAUUUUUAAUUGUAUGAGCUAUUACAAACAUUUGUCUUAUAUUCUUCUGUGAAUGAAACUUCAGUUUUUUGCUUUU